GAGUGGUUCACGGUGUACGAGCACAACCGGCCGCUGCGCUGCACGGUGUCGGAGCUGGUGAUGGGUAACGAGUACCUGUUCAAGGUGUUCAGCGAGAACCUGUGCGGGCUGAGCGAGACACCGGGGCUGUCCUGCAACACCGCCGUCAUCCCCAAAGCCGAGCUGCGUUUGAAGCCCCCCCAGUUCCAGGAGCGGGAUCUGCGCUCGGCGCCGCAGUUCCUGACGCCGCUGGUGGAUCGCAGCGCCGUGGCCGGCUACUCCACCGCCCUCAACUGCGCCGUCAGGGGACACCCCAAG